AUGUAUGGCAGAAAAGCUGACCAAACGACACCAGGUCUGUCGCGAAAUCCUCCUCUCCGACUUCCCGUUCCCCACCAGCAACGCAGACUCGCAUCCGAAGACCGCAGCAGCGAUGGCAAUCAACGCUCCAAUCCGGUCCUGGAAGAAUACAAACGCAAACAUCCCGACAAGCCCGCCAAGCAAGAGAUACCAGAGGGAGUAGGCCAGCCGGGAGACAUUGCGGCGAGCUCCAUCUUCGAAGACGAACGACGCGCAAGCUCGCAGCAAGACGGAACGACGGGGACAGAGGAGGAAGAAGUAACAAGAGUCGGAGGCAUCGUGCGGGACCCCGCGAACAUCGCGCGGGUCUUGAUGCCCAAACCGCACGCCCGGGAGCGAUAUGAAAGGAAGAAAGUGAUCCAGAUGGUGCGGAAGGGAGCGAGGUUGACGCCGAAGCAAUUCGUCAAACGCACGGAACGCGAACAUCUGAACAAGAGCUACGAGAUGAAGACUUCGGUCAAGAAGCUGGGGAUGCUCGCGCGACAGAUUGCAGGCAAGCCGAUCGACGAAGCGAUUGUGCAGAUGCGCUUCAGCAAGAAGAAGGUCGCGCAGGAAAUCCUCAAACAAUUGGAAUUCGCCCGGGACGAAGCCGUCGUCAUGCGCGGAAUGGGACUCGGGAACGCCGCGGCGGCGGAGGACAAGGACAAGGACAUUCUGAACGACACCUCAUCCGACGUGACGGGUCUCGCGGACGGCGAUCUGGAAGAAGCCAAAGGCCGACAACGCAAAACCGCGGCGCCCAUCGACAUCCAGCUCAAAGACGGCAAGCGGCACCGCGUGACGGACCUCAGCAAGAUCUACAUCGACCAAGCCUGGGUCGGCCGUGGCAAGUACGGCAAACUCCCCGACUACCGCGCGCGCGGCCGAGUCAACAUCAUGCGCACGCCCUGGACGAGCAUCAGCGUGGUCUUGAAAGAAGAAGCGACUCGCGUCCGCGAGUACCAAGAACGCGAAGCCAAGCGGCAGAAGCAAUUGCGCGAGAAGGUCUGGAGAGCGCUGCCCGACCGACCGAUUCAGAUUCAGAGGCAGUGGUAUAGCUGGUAG